AUGUCGUCAGGAGGGGAGGAUGCGCUAUCAAAAGCAUUCCCUAAAGCUGUUUCAGCCAUCAGAGCUGCUUCUGGACUAGCUGCUUAUGAUAUAAAUUUUUACAAAAGUUUGGAUAAUACUAUAUUAGAAUCCAGUGAAGCUUCAUCCGAUAGAUUAAUCAAGUUAAUAAAUUUGAUAGCUGAGUCUAGCUCUGAACAAAAUGGCGAAAAGGUGUCAGGUGAUUCAAUUGAAAGUUCAUGGUCACGUAUCAGUAACUUACUUGAUACUUUCCUCGAGAGAUCAGAUAUUGCAUUAGAUAUGUUGAAGAAUGGGUCAAAGCUAAGUGAAUCGAAACAAAGCAUCACAUAUUUGGAAGACAACAAUAUUUCUACAAGAAACACACAAGUUCCAAAAAGAGCCGAGAAGCCUCAGCUACUUUUCAAAACAUUAAUAGACAACAGUGAAGAACACCCAUUUAGACCUCUUUUAACAUCAAAACCACACGCCAUAGUCCCGUUUGAAGAAACAUUCACUUUAACUCCCGCCGAAGAAAAUGAUCCAUCACAUUACAGACAACCGUAUGAAACUGAAAUCAAAGAACAAGAGUAUAAUCAUAAAAUUUUAGAGAAAUCAGAUCCAAUCCCUUCAACUGACUGGCAAUCAACCGAACCAAUUUGGGUCGAUACAGUUGAUGAAUUACAAAAGAUGCUAAGCGAACUUCAGAAAGUUCAAGAGAUUGCUGUUGAUUUAGAACACCACGACUAUAGGUCUUACUAUGGGCUAGUUUGUUUGAUGCAAAUUAGCACCAGAGAUCAAGAUUGGUUAAUUGACACUUUAGCAUUGCGUGAAGAUCUUCAAGUGCUUAAUGCUGUCUUUGCAGACCCACAAGUUACAAAGGUUUUCCAUGGGGCAUUCAUGGAUAUUAUUUGGUUACAAAGGGAUCUUGGGUUAUACGUUGUUAGUUUAUUUGAUACAUAUCAUGCUUCUAGACAACUAGGAUUUCCAAAACAUAGUUUGGCUUAUUUGCUUGAGAGAUUUGCUAGUUUUAAAACAUCCAAAAAAUAUCAGUUAGCUGACUGGAGAAUACGUCCCUUAACAGCACCAAUGAAACUUUAUGCCAGAUCAGACACUCAUUUCCUUCUCAACAUUUUUGACCAACUUAAAAACAUGUUAAUAGAGGCUAACAAAUUGACAACUGUUUUAUUUGAAUCGAGAAAUGUUGCUAGAAGACGUUUUGAGUAUUCUACUUAUAGACCAAGUGGUAAUAAUCAAAAUGUUGUGUCACCAAUUGAGAAAGCUGAGCCAUGGAAAAGUCUCAUUUACCAAUACAACCUCUCCCCUUCAAGAGAGGGUAUAGUGAAAUCAUUGUUUGAUUGGAGAGACAAGCACGCUAGAAAAGAUGAUGAAUCACCAAGGUAUAUAAUGCCAAAUCAGCUUUUGGUGUCAUUGGCUGCCUCAGCUCCAACAGAUGCAUCUGAUGUUUUGUCUUGCAGUAACUUCAUAUCAGAUUAUGUGCGUAAGAAUUGCAAAGAGAUUGCUGAACUCAUAAAGAAGGCGUUGAAAGAUUCUGAAGAGGAAGAUUUGCUUUUGAUGAAUGAUCUAGAAGAAAGCAAAGAGGAAAGUGGAAAGAUAUCAUUUGAUCAAGUGGAACUUUCAGAAAAAGCUUUUUUGACACAAAAUAAUAAGUUGAAGACUCAGAAAUCAAACUCUUUGUUUUCAAAAUUCUCAAAAUUAUUCAAAGCUAGCGUUCUAAAUAAUUCAGACAUGUCAAUUUACUCUGCAGAAGGACAGAAGAUACCUGCUGAUGUGAUGUCUGAUAGAAUAAAAUUGAUACAUCAAGCAUUGCCAUAUUCUUAUUAUCCAGAGGUGGUCAGUACCGAGCAUGAAACUAUUGCAGAAAAUGAAAGAGGAGAAGAUGCAUCUGAAGUUACUCCUACUCAAGAAACAAAUUCAAUUAUUCCAUCAACUGAAGACUCCAAAAUGUUUGAUAAUCCUGAAGAAAUUGUGGUUUUGAAACAAAAAAAGUCACAGAGACCACAACAGAAGCAGAAAACAGAUUCUGAUAUUAAAAAGGAAGCUUUUGAUUAUGAGAAUGCAGAAAAAGUCAUGCAACCUUCCAAGAGACAUGAAAGAAAUGUCAAGAAAAGGAGCUCAAGCACUUUUGAUCCAUACUCAAAAGAGUCAGAAGGGCCAAAACCAGUGAAAAAACAACCAAAACUACAAUUAGGAAAAAAUACAUCGUUUUUUAGCAAGAAAAAGAAAUAA